CGGGCCGGUCUCUGCCUGGGGAGGGGAGGGCAGGCGAGGAAGGGCGGUGGUGAUGUGUGGCGGCGGGGAGGGCAGGCAGAGGCACGCCGCGCGGGGCUGAUUGGCUGCCCAGUUUAUAAAAGGUGCCCGGCAGGGACGGCGGGGUGGUUUGCCGAGGUCGGGGAGCUCCGUCGAGACGCUGGCCGCCUGUGGAGCCGACCGAGCGGAGCGGUGCGGAGCUGCCCGUGGCGCGAUGCGGCGCGCCAGCCGAGACUAUACCAAGUACUUGCGCGGCUCCGAGGAGCUGGGCAGCGGCGCUGCACACGAGUGCGCCCCGCCGCCGCCGCCAGCGCCGCUGCCGCCGGCACACCCGCACCCGCCGCCCGCCUCCCGCUCCCUCCUCGCCGCCCUCGUCCUCCUGGGGCUGGGGCAGGUGGUCUGCAGCGUCGCCCUCUUCCUCUACUUCCGAGCGCAGAUGGACCCUACUAGAAUUUCCAAAGAACACGCACACUGUGUUAGAACACUUUUUGGUCAUCUAGAAAAUACAGAUUUGCAUGAUACAUCCUUUGAAAAUCAAGAAGCAAAGUUAAUACCAGAAUCAUGUAGAAGCAUGGAACAAGCUCUCCAAAGAGUUGUGCAGAAGGAAGUCCUGCGUGUCAGGGGAAGAGCACCACUAAGACCAGAGAAAGCUGCAAUGGAGGCAUUAGGAAUGGAUCUGUACAAGAGAAACAAACCUGAGAAGCAGCCAUUUGCCCAUCUCAUUAUUGAUGAUAAGAAUAUUCCCUCUGGAACUCGCAAAGUGAACCUCACGUCCUGGCAUCAUGACAAAGGCCAGGCAAACUUAUCAAAUAUGACAUUCAAAGAUGGAAAGCUGACUGUAAAUCAAGAUGGCUUUUACUACCUUUAUGCCAACAUUUGUUUUAGACAUCAUGAAACUUCAGGAAACCUGACUAAAAGAGGGCUCCAGCUGAUGGUAUAUAUGACGAAGACAAACCUUAAAAUAAGGCGCUCUGAUGUUUUGAUGAAGGGAGGAAGCACCAAAUACUGGUCAGGGAAUUCAGAAUUUCAUUUUUAUUCUGUAAAUAUAGGAGGGUUUUUUAAAUUAAAAUCUGGUGAAAUGAUAAGUAUCCAGGUAUCGAAUCCAUUGCUACUGGAUUCAUCACAAGAAGCAACUUAUUUUGGGGCAUUUAAAGUUAGGGAUUUAGACUAAAUCUUUUCUCAGUGUGCUGAAAAUUGAGUUUUCGGUCGUCCAGAAACAACCUGAAGACAGAACUGAAAAUCUUUUGCAACCCAGUUCCAUCUCUAUAAGCCAUAUCUAUCUAAAGACAUGUUUUGCCCUAUGCUGACUCCACCAGGAGUCCCACAAAUGCAUAGAAGGACAAAAUCACAUAAUUCUCCUGAUUCGCUCUUACAGCCAUUUUACUUCAUAUGUCUCCACUGGCUUCAGUAGAGUCAUUAUGACUUUUGCAUUUGUGUAGUUGAAAUCAGAGCAAUUGUUAUUGAACUUCUGCUUCCAAGUUCUGCCCUAACUCUUUAACCUGUGCUACUCUUAUUCAUUUUGGCACAAACGCAGGAGAGGACAGAACUUGGCUCCCAACUUGCCUUGUGGUUGAGCAUUCUGACCCUGGAAUGGCAAAGAUUAUGAAAGUGUGACUAAUCCCAUUGCAUUUGAUGUGGCUUUUCACAUGCUUAGUUAAGCCUGUUCUUUGCUGGAUUAGGGUUGGAGGGCUCAGGCUGUGGCAGAAAUGAGUUGCAGAACACCUAAACAGUUCAGCCUAAGUCUUUACCUGAUUAAAAGGUUAAUUACAGGUCAUUUUUAUUAUUGAUGCACAGUUAAUUGCAAAUAUAGAUUGCCAAAAUACAGUGUGCCUUUAAAGUAUUACAUUGUGCCAGAAUCUGCAAAGACAUUUUUUUAAACGAAAAGUAUGUAUUUUUAUAUUCUGUAAUAUCUAAAGUUAUAUUUCAGGUGUAAUGUUUUGUAUAAAAAAAAAUUGUAAAUUAUAUUGUCCUAUAGUAUUUGAUACAAAAUAUUUAAAAUCUCUUGCUGUUUGUAUAUUUAAUGUUUUAAACUGUUUUUAAUGUACAGACAUGUUAAACUGGUGCACUUUUUAAUCCCAAUGGGAAAAAUUGCAGCUAAAAGAGGUUGUUUGCAAUUAGCAAAUGUAAUAUAUACCUUUGUUCUUUUUAACUUAAUAGAUUUCUGUUAAACUUGUCAGUAUUACUGGGAGGGGGAGAAUCACACCAAUGUCAUGAAUAAUUACACCAAAAUGCUGGUCACUGGGCACCUUUCAAACCUGCAGGGUAAUUGACAUAACAAAGCUGGCAUUGCCUACAAAAAAUAAGAAAUUAAUACAUAUUAAGCCACAUAAAUGCAUUAGGGGUAUUUAUAGUUACUGAACAGGCAUAUUUUCCUACAAGAAAAUUUGCAAGUUGUAAAUUCUGCAGUUGAGUAAUGACAUUUUUAGCUUAUUUUGAACCUUAUGUCAUUGCUUUGCCUGUCCUUGUCUCCCCUUCUAGCUUUUAAAACUCUGCACGCCUUUGCCAGGUUUGGCAGGUGAACAGCGGUGUGAAGAGGUGUUCUUACAGGUUUUAUGAGAACAGACAGCUGAGAACAACUCGGCCGUUACACAGUAUUUGUCAGUGGCUGGCCACUGUUCAUAUUAGCCAACAAAUUAAUAGAGGGAGACUCCUAGCUAGCUGCAAUAUGUGGUGUCGCUUGCGUAGUUGCUUGGCCAAAAGAGGUAGGUGGAUGGAAUCUGAGGGUGGGUGUGGGGGACACAGCAGAGAGCUGCAAAUACUACAGGUGAUGUUUAGAACACAUCUGGGUAGGGAUCAUUAACUUAAUGGGAAAGGAAUGGGUGAGGUUUUUAGGAGCAUUUGUGUGCUCUAAGAAUGAUGUGAGGAUAACAUGCUCUUUAAUGUGGUAGAAAUCAGAGAAGGCAAAAGACACAAAUCUGUGGGAAUUGAGGCUUCAUACAAAUCCUCAGGCUUUUGUUUAUUUUGUUGCUGUAAGGAACUGAGUUGAAUUCAAGCAAUUAUUUUAUACUGUAUAAUAAACAUUUCUGUUUAAUAUUAAUGUUUUCUUACAAAAUAUAUUUCUAAGAAAAAAAAACCAA